AUGGAAUCAAGAAAUUAUACACACAUUUCAAAACUUCUUCUUCUGGGAUUUUCAGAAGACCUGGAACUACAGUUUCUUUUGUAUGGGAUUUUCCUUUUCAUGUACCUGGUCACUGUGCUUGGGAAUGUGGUCAUUAUUCUGGCUACAAUUGUGGAUUUCCACCUGCACACACCCAUGUAUUUCUUCCUCUCCAACCUGUCAUUUGUAGACAUUUGCUUCACUUCAACCACUGUCCCAAAGAUGCUGGUGAACAUUGAGACACACAACAAGGCAAUAACUUAUGAAGGCUGCAUUAUCCAGAUUUAUUUUUUUGCAUUAUUUGUAGUUUUGGAUAACUUCCUCCUGUCUGUGAUGGCCUAUGAUAGGUUUGUGGCUAUCUGUCACCCACUGCAUUACCAGGUCAGCAUGAAGCCCAAGCUAUGUGUGUUGCUGGUGUUGGCGUCCUGGAUCACAAGCGCCCUGAAUUCAUUUUUACAGAGCUUAAUGGUACUGUGCCUUUCCUUCUGUACACAGGUGGAAAUCCCACACUAUUUCUGUGAACCUAACCAGUUGGCCCACCUUGCCUGUUCUGACACACUUCUUAAUAAUAUCAUGAUGAAUAUUGCAGCUGGAUUGUUGGGUGUUGGCCCUCUCACUGGCAUCCUUUAUUCUUACUCUAAGAUAGUUUCAUCUGUACAUAAAAUCUCAUCAACUCAGGGCAAAUAUAAAGCAUUUUCCACCUGUGUGUCUCACCUUUUAGUUGUCUCCUUAUUUUACUCUACACUUUUAGGAGUGUACCUCAGUGCUGCUGGGAACCAAAAUUCACACUCAAGUUCAACAGCUUCAGUGAUGUAUACUGUGGUCACCCCCAUGCUUAACCCCUUCAUCUAUAGUCUAAGGAAUAAGGACAUCAAGAGAGCUCUGAAAACACUCUUUAAGAAAGUAUAA